AUGUUAAUUCCAAACAUCUUUGCCGUUGCGGCACUUCUUUCCGCUUUAGCUUCUGGGCUUCCGCUUGGAGCUAACAAGGAAUUUCUCUCAAAGAGAGAAGCUUAUCCGCCUUAUGGAUUUGACCGCGUGGGCAACAAAAUGGAUCCAGCUUACUUUGCGGUCGUCCGUGAAGCUUUGGAAAGUUCAGGAGGCAAUUUAGCCAAGGCUAAAGAAGCUACAAUUAAUUGGCUGGCAAAUAACGCAUCAAAACUGCCAAAAGCACUUCCUCAUUCACCACCUCAUUCACCUCCACCACCUGCUUCACCUCCGCCUCCUCCACCUCCUCUACCUAAGCAGAACUAG